GCUUUGAAACUUCUCCAUCGUCAGGUUUUCAUAGGAUGAGCGGAACAUUUCCGUCAAUAUUAUCUCUAACAUGUAGAUGAAGCAUAUCCUGUUUGUUUCCCGUCAAUGGCUUGGUCAUGGAGACACAUUAGGUAAGAAUGCCGUCUUGGAGGAUGGUAGCGUAAGCACGAUACCUCUGUGUGGUCAGCCACAGUGACUGGAACCACCUGCCACAACAUUCCGUACGAUGCACUGACCCGUUUUCCAUCAACACAGUUCCUUUAACUGAUCAAAUACCCAUGGAAAACUGUGACCUUUUUUGGACCCCUUUGCUAUGGUAUCAUUUCCAAGGCCACAGUGACAGACCCCGGUUUAUCGACCGUUCUUGUGACCAGAGUUCGAGGGAAAACGUUUCAGCGGUAAUCCGAAAUUUCCUCUAACGACAGGACCUGACCUGGCUGUUCCAUGGCGGAGGAAGAAGAAGAACAGUCUCCUGAGAGGGAGUGGGCCUCGGGAACGACUUUACAUGGUCCGGCAAAGGUUGUUGACGCCCCCAACUGGGUGGUGCGGAUCCUCUGGCUGCUGCUGUUCCUCUUCAGCCUGGGAUACGCCACCUAUCUCAUCGCUACGUCGAUUAUCGACUUCAUCAGCUGGGGCACGGUGACGGACCUGAAGCUGGAGUUCACGGAUCAGCUGGAGUUCCCGGCGGUCACCAUCUGUAACUUCAACAAGUUUGAGAAAGACCUGCUGUGCAUGGACGAGCGCGCUGUGGAGUACCUCCGGCCUCUGAUCGGGAACGACACGAUCUGUGAGUACGACAACAGCACGUCUCCCACGCCCGGCCCCACGUACUACCCCAUGACGCUGGCGGGCAUCACGGCCUACACCGGCUUUCAGAUGGACCAGUACGCGCUGAAGGAGUGCACCUGGAGAGGGGAGAGGUGCACCUGGCAGAACUUCACGCACGUGUUCGGGGAGUACGGGAACUGUUACGUCUUCAACCAGAAGACUUCAGGAGAACCUCUGCAGCAGAUCAUCCCGGGGCAGGGCAACGGGCUGCACCUGGUCCUGGACGUGCACGAGGCCUUCUACACGGAGAACCCUGACACGGGCGGGACGACAGACGUCGGCGUGAAAGUGCACAUCCACCCGCAAGGCGAGCCCGCCAAGAUGGACAUCCAGGGGAUCCCCAUCGGGCCCGGCAGCCACGCUUACAUCGGCAUCUCACAGGUUACGUAUCAGAAUGAAAUCCCGCCAUGGGGCCUGUGUAAGGACCUGGAUCUGGAGUACUACGACACCUACACCCUGACCGGCUGUCUGAUGGAGUGUAUGGCUAAAUGGGUGGAGAGAGAGUGUGGCUGCACGGCACUGGAGCUCCCAGGGAACCUGACCUAUUGUGAACCUCAGCAGAUCGUCGACUGUGUCCUCGGAGUCAAAGACCAGAUCACGACCGGAGCCCUGGCGUGCGACUGCCCCACACCCUGCCGGAUCCAGACGUUUGACUACUUCGUGUCGUACGCCGGUUGGCCGAACCAUAUCGUGGAGGUGUACCUUGGGCAAGAGAAUAACGUCAACAUGACGUACAUGCAGAACAACUGGGCUUCUAUUGACGUGUUCUACGAGGAGCUGAACUUCGAACAGAUCACCCAGAAGAAGGCCAUGACUCCGGGAGACCUGCUCAGCGGCCUUGGCGGCCAGCUCGGCCUAUUUGUGGGUGCCAGCGUCAUCACCUUCAUGGAGUUUCUGGAGUACUUGUUGAAGAGACUGACGUAUUGUUGUAGGAAAAAGAAAAAGACCAACAAGGUCAGCGCCAGCACGUCCCGGUCCGAGGUCUGGGCGGCUGACAAGAUCGAUCCUCUGAAACUGCAAAAAGUCAACAUGCUGCAGGAGACAAAGAUGUACAAGGAGUAGCUAUAGGCGGCGGCAUUUCUUGUCAUUAUACAAAUGUACAAAGUGUUCAGUUAUAUACCUUACUGGCAAAAACCUUCAAUGUUUUUGAAUACUAUAAAAGUUUUAUGCAACGUUCCUAUUUGCACUGAUCCCUACGGCGGUGUUACAUGCAUGUAGUAACCGACUCUGAAGGCCACAAAUAUGUCCAGGUGGACCGCCGGAUACCUCGGGGGUACCUGUCGGUGUUUUCAUGAUUAUGCACUGGCGUCUAUUUUUGUUGGGGUCGGGAUUUAUUUCAACCCCGAGUUUAGAAAACAUCCAGGAGCCCGGCGUUGCCCCAAUAUAGCCCGAGAAGCCACAGUAUCCUGUGGGACCACGUAGGGGCCACGCCCGAAAGUACUGAAAAAUAGCCCGUACACUAGCGGGAGAGGCCCCUUUAUCCAAAAGGGACCAUAGCAUUACUGUGUGUAUUUUUUGCCUUGCUAAUAUAUUUGCCAGUCUCACUGAGCUGCAUGAGAUCUGAGUCUCGCGUAGUUGUACGAUAUUUGACCUCUGAAGAAAAAGAUGCCUCAAAAGCUUUUCCGCAAUGUGUGUAUUUUUUGCUUUAUAACAUCAAAUGGUUUAUGAAGGUCAGAUAGAUAAGGCUUAAGGGCAAUGCGUUUUUCUCAUUUUUCUUUACAGAUAAAUAUAAAAAUAUAAGAAAUAUAAACUAAAGCUUUACAAGCAAUUAUAUUGAUCAAUUUCUAGUCCUUACAAGACAGUUCAUUUGUAUCAAAAGGUUUGCGUUUUAUUCAAUUAAAGGUAACAAAAGAACACACAAAACUCGUUGGUAUGAAGUACUAAUGACAUUUAUUGACAAAUGUUGCCAACUUAAGUUGAAACCGCCACGCACAAAAGUACAGACAAAACAACAGUAACGGAUGAAGAAUUUUACGUCACAAAUAUUUUCCGAUGAUGUAUCGAUCUCUACCAUUAUACAAAACUACCACAAAUCUACAGUCACCAUCUACCCCAACUUACGUCAUAAUUCCCUUUACACGCGG